CGCAGACAUGGCACCUCGCAAGGGGAAGGGAAAGAAGGAAGAGCAGGUCAUCAGCCUCGGCCCUCAGGUGGCUGAAGGAGAGAACGUCUUCGGCCACCUUUUUGUCUCCUUCAAUGACACUUUUGUCCUUGUCUCUGACCUCUCCGACAAGGAAACCAUCUGUCGAGUGAUGGGAGAGAUGAAGGUGAAGGCUGAUCGAGAUGAAUCUUCGCCCUACGCCGCCAUGUUGGCUGCCCAGGAUGUGGCCCAGAGGUGCAAGCAGCUGGUCAUCAGGGUCCUGCACAUCAAACUCCAAGCCACUGGAGGAAACCGGACCAAAACCCCUGGCCCUGGGGCCCAGUCUGCGCUCAGGGAUGAAGCAGACGUCUGA